CAAACUGACCGACAAAACAGCCCGAAACAUGCUGCUGACGUUCCAGGACCGGCUACGUAUACCGUGGCGCGGUGGCGCAAAGCAAGUAACGUUCGACAGUGUCGUUACCCUGGUGAUACUGGUAGCAACGCUGAUGGCGACGGCAUAUAGCUAUUAUUUCUGUGUGCCCAUAUUUAUUCUGCUACCGCUGGUAUUGCUGUACAUGAAGCGCUUUUGUGGCCAGUAUCAUCCAAAGACAAAAUUCUUCAUCAUAUGGUUCUUCGGUAGCUGCGUGUAUCUGGUCGCACUGUUCGAGCUAACCGUACCGCUGCUGGAAAUCCUUCCCCAAGAAAACAUCAGCUUCGUCCUACUGAUGACCCUUGCUUUCCUGUGUCUAUUUAAAGCAAAGCAACGGGCGGCACAGGCCGACACGGCCGCCGGUAUGCUGGAUAUGGAUGGACCGAAUGAUAUUUGCAAACUGCCCAAAGAUACACAGGUCGUAAUGUUUUCCGAUCGAGACGAUUCGGACGAAGGGCUUACCGAUAUAGAGGGGGUUAGGUUGGCGUGUCAGCUGUGCCGGAAGUACGUCCCACCGCGCACCUACCAUUGUAAAGUUUGUUCGGUGUGUGUAGUGCGGCAGGAUCAUCAUAAUGUUUGGUUAAACUGUUGCAUUGGCAAAUCGAACCAUCGACUGUAUCUGGCGGGAUGCUUUUUUACGCUGCUGGCACUGUUGGUGUUUUCCAACCUGGCUAUGACGGCCGUUUGCCGACCGACACCAAUCUUUACGCUUUACGGUGUGAUUGUGAUGAUGCCCGACGAUUGUAAUGACAUCUUUUUCCAGUAUGAUAUUGCAUUGUGUUUCACGGGAUCGUUGUAUGCUCUGAUGAUGGCUGCAUUCGUAACCAUCGCCAUGCUGAAACAGAUUACUUUCAUUUCCUUCGGCCUUUCCUUCGACGAGUGGCGUCGCGGUGAUCACGUAAAACGACGGAAUUGUCUGUGGAAUUGGAAAGCUUUUUGCCUUGGUCAGUAGUUUGGAA